AUGUCCUCACCCACAUUGAAUGAUAUGAUUAUUCUUGGCGCCAUCUUGGCAUACACGGCCGUUAUAUUGUAUGGUUUGGAUGGUAACGCCGUGCCCAACUAUAAUGACAUAUUUUGUUCUUUCGAUAGUUGGAUACUCAUUGUGGCUUUCACAGUUUCGUUCGGCGCCAUGUUUGCAAAGACAUGGAGAGUGUAUAAAAUAUUCACAAAUAAAAUACAUAAACGACAGAUCAUUGAAGAUGUCGCAAUCGUUCCACGGGUCGAAAUAUGUGAAUGCGAAUACAAGUUUUAUUGGUUAGGCGCCCUCUAUGCCGAAAAAGGAUUGCUGCUUUUGUUUGGGUGUUUCCUGGCAUACGAAACAAGGAACGUGUGUGUUGACGGACUCAAUGACUCCAAACAGAUAUGUGUUUCAGUGUAUAAUAUUGUAGUGCUGUGUGUUCUCGGUAUAACAGUAAACCUGGCAGUGAGUGAUAAUCCAACGUUAACGUAUGGUUUUACGGCAGCCAUUAUAGUUCUCUGUACAACAUUUACAUUAUGUCUGAUAUUCGUGCCCAAGAUUAAGAUGAUUAUCUCUGAUCCGAGCGGCGAUGAAACGAAACGACGGCGUUUGCGUGAAGGUCUAAGUGUUAAAAAAAGUAUGAACGACGCGAGGAGCUCGGACACUGCAUCCAGAGACACUGGUGUCGAGAGUAUCUCGGAACUAUCGGCAAAAUUGUCAGCUAUACAGUGGAAAUUGUCACUCAAGGAUAAAGAGAUUCUAAAGCUCCGGGGAGAAAUAAAAGUACAUCAACAGAAAAGAGAAGCACAACAUUCCCUCGACUUAGAUGCGAUAUCCGACGUGAGCAGUGACAAGUGCGCCGCCACCGAUAGUAGAGAGUUACAUUCGGAGGAAUUAUACGUUCACAUCGGUGGUUUAGGUGGCAACGAGGCGGAGACGAACACGGAUACAAGAGAUGCUGCUGUACAAGUCGAAGAUGCAUUAACAACUACGACUGCCGUUCAAGUUGACAGGGAUCCAAACGAUGGCACAUCGACUUCAACCCAGCUACGGAAUAUUAUCGAAAACAAAAAGAUUCCACAGCGAUGCAAACUGGUAUUUAUAAACCUUGGGUUUUCAAACGACGCAGAACCAGACGGAGUGUUCUACGUGUGA